AUCCGAACGAUGAAGAGCGGGGAGAAUUCUCAAGCUUGGAAGCGAAGAAGGAAGUUUGGUGGCGGGGUGUUUUGAGGGCUGUAUCGUCCGAAGUACAUAGAAUGCUAAAAUGUUAUCCCAGCAUAUAAGCCAACAUAAUGUUUAAUUGAACAAAUGUAUACAAGGCUGAAGCUAAUAGUGGCAGUAUGAAUAAAGAGAACAAGGAAAAUCAAUAUUUUGGAGUGUGUGGAAGCCCAGUCAAAACUCCUCUAAAACAAACAGUUACCCCCAACUGGCUUUUGGCAGAGAUCCAGCCUACUGCUUCUGACCACCUGACAACACCACCAAAGCCCAAUGAAAGCACUUCUGGUGAUCCAUGGACCCCAACCGCUAACCUUAAAAUGCUGAUUAAUGCGGCUAGUCCUGAGAUUAGAAAUAGAGAACAGGAGAAAAAAUGGACAGAUAAUAAAAGUGAAAGCCUUGAGGAUCAUUUGUCAGGAGAUGAAUAUGAAAAGCCUCAAACAAGCCGUAAAGAGAAAAGCCUUGGAUUGCUGUGUCAUAAAUUCUUAGCCCGCUAUCCUAGUUAUCCUAACUUUUCUAAAAGUAAUGAAAUAUGUCUUGAUGAGGUAGCAGAAGAUCUCAAUAUUGAGCGCAGGCGUAUCUAUGACAUAAUGAAUGUAUUAGAAAGUCUUCACAUGGUGAGCCGACUUGCCAAAAACAGAUAUUCCUGGCAUGGCCUUCAUAAUCUUAAAAAAACACUGCAGGCUUUGAAAAAAGUAGCUGAGGAAAACAAGUACUUGCAACAAAUCAAACUGACUAAACAAGGAAAAAAUGGGCAAGAGAUUGGAAUUACUGGUCACAAUAUUGAAUGGAUGCCAAUGCACGCUAGGUCAAAUUAUCAUACAGACUUUGUGGAACUUCCUGGGAUGGAACUUCAAGCAGCUUCAGUAAAUAGUCGUAAAGACAAAUCUUUAAGAGUGAUGAGCCAGAAAUUUGUAAUGUUGUUUCUUGGGUCAUAUCCCCAAGUUGUGAGUCUUGAAGUUGCUGCUAAAAGUUUGAUUGGCAAAGACCAUUGUGAAUCACUGGAUAAAAGCAAGUUUAAAACUAAAAUUCGAAGACUGUAUGAUAUUGCUAAUGUUCUCAGUAGCCUUGAGCUCAUCAAGAAGGUUCAUAUUACAGAAGAGAAGGGACGCAAGCCAGCAUUUAAAUGGAUAGGACCAAAUGUUUUUUCUGAUAUUAAAGAUGCCCAGCCAAAACUGGAUGCAAUACCAAAUCCAGUGGAAGAUAAACCUUUUAAAGAGUGUUGUUCUAAGAAUCUCUUCCCUACUAAUAGCAAACCAAAUUUCACACGGCAUCCAUCUUUGAUAAAACUGGCAAGGAAUAAAGAAAAUGAUGAGAGAAAGAGUCAUUCAGCUCCAGGCAGCCCUGUUAAAAAAUAUUUAGGCUCAAAUCCUUCAACUAUUCCAAGCAAGAUGGCUCAACUUGCAGCAAUAUGCAAGCAACAAUUAGAUGAACAAUCAAGGGAAUUUGAAAAGAUAAAAAAGAAAUUGGAGCACACUUCAUCUUCUGAAUCUUGUUUGAAGCCCAAAGUCUUGUUGCCUUCUCAAGCUACAAACUUAUCCCUGACCUCCAACUCAAUACUUUCCCCUGUCCUUUCUACUGUACCACAUGCAGCAUAUCUGAAUCCGUCCCAAGUAGUGACAACAUACCCAAAUUACAUGGAAUAUCCUGUUUCUACUACUCAUAUGACCAAAAUUAAGUCUCCCGUGGAAGCUCUUACUGAAACAUUUACUAAAGACAGUUUUAACGAUUGGAAAAAGGCUGAAGAGCUGCCACUCUGGCUAACUAAAGAACCCAGUGGAACAACAGAUGACAUGAUAUCUGGGAAAUGUUUUAAAAAAUCUAAAUUGCUAUUAGAUGAUAGUCCAAUUAAAAAAUGCAAGAGGAAAAAGUUGGAGCUUCAAGAUUCACUGCUGGUCCCCAGUAAAGUGGCUGCAUCCAGUAAGGGGGAAACAGAGUUGUGUCCAGUGGAAAAGAAAUCCUACAGUUCUCCUAAUCUAGGUCAAAUUCCAGUGACAUCUAAUUUCCCUACUUUUCAUGUAACACCUCUUAACUUAAUACUACCACCACCUUCUGUAGCCACCACAUCCUCAGGGAAUGGGGCUGCUGAGUCAGUCCAUGUUAACCCUACCCUGCCUCAGAGCACCUUAGUUCUGAACAUUAUGCUACAACAGUUAGGAAUGAUGCCAGCCAAUGUACAGAUGUCUGCAGAUCACGUACAUCGAUCUGCUUUCAUUUGUCAAGGAGCAGAACAUGUUAGCCCCGUUCCAGUAAGCGUAGGAUUGCAGCAGACAACCGUAUUACUAAGGGAUUAUCGAGAUUUGCAUGGAGAAUUGGUUCCAACCACUCCUCAGGAGACCAGUGUUUCUGUGACAUUCAAAGAUUCUAAGAAAGGCAAUGAAACGUCAAGUGAUCCAAGCCUAGAUCCUGGCUCUCAUUGAUCACCUUAUGAAUCAGAAGGAAUUUUCCCAGAAACAUUGCUAAUGUUGAAGAAUACUUGGUGGAUCAACAGAAUAUACAUACUGCGUCCCCACCUUCAAAAAAUAUAAUUGCAAUACUUUGUUUCUGUCACUUUGAAAUUGUUCUUUGAAAUUGUUUUUAGGCCUAGGAAUGUCCCCCCCCCCCGCCCCGUGCUG